AGCUGGCGGUGUGUCUCUUUUUUUCUGUUGUUGUACGCUGCCGAAUCGUCCAAACAACGGCGGUUGUACGCCUUCCAAGGUGUAAUAGGAAUAGCAGCAAAAAGCACACAGGACUCGGGAGGCAUGACGAGCACGACUGCGCCGUUGACAGAGGCCGAGGUGCGAGCGAUGAGCACCGCAGAGGUUCGCGUCAACUUGGAGCGCUGCACACGUUUGGUGGGCCACCCGUCGCUUCUCCAGAGACUCCCCGACCACGGUAAUGCCAUCCGUCACCGUCACGCCCUCUUCACGGAAGAACUGGCGAGACGCGAAGCAGAGUCCGCGAACGCAUCAACGAGCACCGCUGAUGUGCUGUCCGCAUCGCCCACAAAGGAACAACGCCGGCGUGACAACGAGGUAGUGCAGUUGGCCGAGGCCACCGCAGGAACGACAACGUCGCGAGUCGACGCGACGCGGGAAAUUGGGGAGAAGUACAGAGACUACCGCGUGCCGGUGGAGGCCACUGUCCGCCGCAUGUACGAAGGCGCCAUCAGCGAGGCGGAGCUGCAGCGCAUCCUGCAGAGUGUGCCACCAACGUACUUCCUCACCUACGAGGAGACGUGUGCGAUGGAGAGGAGUUUAGCUAAGGAGGCGCGUAAAGCGGAGCUGCAAAAGCUUGCCGCGGAGUCUGCGCGGCAGUCACGAGCGCCUGCGUAA